UCAACUGUCACAGCACCUUCAUAAUUAUCUUUGAAAAUAUGUAGUCAGCAUUCAAUACUAAUAAGUAGCUGCAACUUCAUUCUAAUCUAAUGAAAUGUGCUGCAGAAGAUUUUGGGAGAACGCGACGACGUUGUUUCUCAAGGGUAGAGCAGACAACAGGCUAAACAACAUUCUUAAAACACAGAGUGCUUUUAAAACGGUCAGACUCUAAUCGCACAGCAAGGAGUAGGAACGUUUUAAGCCUAUAUUGCGGAGGAAGGAAAAUAAGGCUGUAUGGACCAUGAGUUUCUCACACACUGAGCUUGGUGUUUUGCUGCUGAAAUUACAACAUCAUGGUUUUCUUUCUCCUUGUUGUCUUUGGAAUUUUGUCCUCCACUUCGAGCCAAAUAUCUCACCAGUAUCAUUUCAUAAAUAUCAGAAAGAACUGGAGCGAUGCUCAGAGAUUCUGCCGUGAGACGUACACAGACCUGGCGACUGUGAAUAAUGUAGAAGAGAUGAACAGCUUGUUCAAAACCGUAAAUGAUAAUUCAUAUGAUGUGUAUACUGGACUUUAUAGAAGUGAAGUGUUCAAAUGGCACUGGACCCUGUCAGACAGUGUGUACGAUGAAAAGACAUACCAAAACUGGGAAAAAAAUCAACCAGAUACAAAUAAUAAUGAGGGCUGUGCUGCAAUGGACAACAAUGGGAAAUGGUUUAGUGAUAGCUGUGAUGCACAAAGGCAAUUUGUCUGCUUCAAUGUUACAGCGAAAAAGACGUUUAUCCUGAUUGAGCAGAACAAAUCUUGGAGGGAAGCCCUAGAAUUUUGCCGAACUUUUCACACAGAUCUAGUGAAUGUCAGAACCUCCUCAGAAAAUCAAGAAGUCAAAAACUCUGCAAAAAACAAUGUAUGGAUCGGACUAUUUAAAGAUCCUUGGUUAUGGUCGGAUCAGAGCAACUCUUCGUUCCGUUUCUGGAAUUCAAGUCAAUUAAGUAACAACAGAAAAGACAGGGACUGUGUUACAGUGAUGGUGAACCAAACGGGGAAAUGGAAUGAUAUUCAAUGCAACACAACCCAGCCCUUCAUCUGUCAUGGCGAUCUGAGAUCUCAAACAACUACUAAACCAGCUAUAUUGCCAACGCCAACGUUAAACGCUCCCCCUACAGCUACCCCAGCAACAACUGAUACAAUACAAUACAAUACAAGCACACAACCAACACAAAUACUCACUACAGGUCCAGAGCAAGAUAACCUGAUUCUGGUCCGUGAGAACCUGACGUGGACAGAAGCUGCGAGUUACUGCAGAAAGCACCACGUGGACCUGGUCUCCAUUCACAGCGAGGAGCUUCAGAACAGGACGGCGAGAAAAGCCAUCCAGGCCUCUACUUCUCACGUAUGGCUGGGUCUCCGUUACACCUGCACCUUCAACUUCUGGUUCUGGAUAAAGAACAGAGAAGCAGGCUGUUACCAGAACUGGGCGCCUGGUCAUGGGCCACGUGGUUAUGAGGAGUGUGGGCUGUCAGGAGCUAUAGAGUCCACUGGAGGGCACCGUUGGGUCGGGAGACCGGAGACCGAAAGAUUCAAUUUCAUCUGCCAAAUAUGUACUGGUGCGUUCUGACCACAAAGAACAACGGCAAACUGUGAAAAAGCAGUCCGCGAGAAACUGCUUGUCCUGCACUUUUAUUAUACGAUUGCAUCAAAACACAUUAUUACAUACAUUAUUUCGCAUCCGGUCUAUGAAUUGUUGAAUAAUACCAGCAGACAUGUGACCUGUAUCUGAACACAGUGUCUGAUUAAGGAUCUUUCAGAUUCUUUCAUUUUAAUUUGCUUGUUCUUACCGUGACUGUAAUGUUUGUAGUAGCACAUAUACUGUCAGGGUUGUGUCAGAGGGAGAAAGAUAAAGGAGACAUCAGGCGCAAUCAAAACCUCUUGUUUCAAUAUUAACAAAGGCAGAAGAACGAUGGAAAACACAACUUAAAACUACAGUGACUACACAACCGAAGACAGAACACAAACAUGACAUAUACAUUCUGCAUAUUGUAAUAUGAAUGGUUUUUUUAAGAUACUGUACUAAUAUGAAUGAAAUAUAAUAUUUGCUCAGGAAGUGUGUUGCAAAAUAUAAUGCUAAUUUCCUGCGGUUUUAGACCUUCUCACAAAAGUAUGUAAAUGUUUUCCUAUUAUGAGGUACUUAGAACAGUGAUCAAAGAUCUCUUUGUGUUUUGUGCCCUUUUCUGCAUCAGUAGUGGUUUUCAUUUGCAUUUCAGUCUAGAUCUGUCAUUUUAAAGGAAAAGAUUGUAAGAAUAGUGUCAUUUUCGUGAGCGCUUCCACCAUCAUGCUGUUCAUACGUCUAACUGCCUUAGGAGUGAGAUUUGUUAUUAUAAAAAGAAAGAUUGUAAAAAGAAUUGUAAUAUUGUGUCAUUUCUAUGAGCGCUGCUCCAUCAUGCUGUUCAUAUUUCUUGCUGCCUUAGUGCUUUUGUCCUUCACUUCGAGCCAAAUAUCUCACCGGUAUCACUUCGUAAAUAUCAGAAAGAACUGGAGCGAUGCUCAGAGAUUCUGCCGUGAGAUGUACACAGACCUGGCGACUGUGAAUAAUGCAGAAGAGAUGAACAGCUUGCUCAGAAACAUAACUGAUGUUUCGCAUGAUGUGUAUAUUGGACUUUAUAGAAGUGAAGUGUUCAAAUGGCACUGGACCCUGUCAGACAGUUUCUACAACGAACAGAUAUUCAAAAAUCGGAAAAAUAACAAAGCGGAUAUAAAUAAUGAGGGCUGUGCGGUAAUGAACAGCAACUGGCAAUGGUUUAAUAAUAGCUGUGACUCAAAAAGACAAUUUGUGUGCUUUAGUGCAGAAGCCAAUGAAAAGUAUAUCCUGAUUAGGAAGGAUACUUCUUGGAGCGAGGCCCAAGAAUAUUGCAGAACCUUUUACACAGAUUUAGGCAAUGCCACAAAAAAUGAUGGCAAGGACCCUAAAACAAUGACUGACGUAUGGAUCGGACUGUUUAAAGAUGCCUGGUCGUGGUCAGAUCAGAGCAACUUUUCAUUUCGUUUUUGGAAUAUCAACCUGCCGAAACCCAUCGGCAGACACCGCAACUGUACUGUAGUGAUGGUGAACCGAACAGGGAGAUGGAAAAGCAUCCGAUGUGACACCACUCUGCCCUUCAUCUGUCACGGUGAUCUUAAACCAACCACUAAACCAGCAACCACAACCAGACAGAAUCCAAGUGCAUCUCUCAAAUCUAUUCCUGGAUCAGCAACAACACAGAACAGACCACUUCAAAACACAACCGAUGCGGGAUAUACAAACAGUAAGACAAUGCAAAUAAUCACAAGUGCAGAGCAAGAUAACCUGAUUCUGGUCCGUGAGAACCUGACGUGGACAGAAGCUGCGAGUUACUGCAGAAAGCACCACGUGGACCUGGUCUCCAUUCACAGCGAGGAGCUUCAGAGCAGGACGGCGAGAAAAGCCAUCCAGGCCUCUACUUCUCACGUAUGGCUGGGUCUCCGUUACACCUGCACCUUCAACUUCUGGUUCUGGAUAAAGAACAGAGAAGCAGGCUGCUACCAGAACUGGGCGCCUGGUCAUGGGCCACGUGGUUAUGAGGAGUGUGGGCUGUCAGGAGCUAUGGAGUCCACUGGAGGGCACCGUUGGGUCGGGAGACCGGAGACAGAAAGAUUCAAUUUCAUCUGCCAAAUAUGUACUGGUGCGUUCUGACCACAAAAAGAGAAGAGACUGAAUGACUGAGGGCGCUCCUCAAAUGGAAGGUUGCAUCCUGUGUCCCUCUUAGUUCAGUCCUCCUUGCAUUAAACACUAGAAUGAGAUGGUCUAGUAGCCUUGCACACGGUUGUUUCCAUCAAUACCGUCAAAGGACAAAAAUACUAAUAAUACAUAGAAAAAUG